AAUCUAGUGGACGGGACGCUCCUUCAACAACAACAGCCAGUCAGAAUCCUCGGAAGCUUUCUAGCAAACAUAGCUACAACAUUCACGCCAUUUACACUGUUUUGGUGUAUAUUAGUCGCUGUGUAUUAAACACACUUCUGUCGUAUGUACUUGUUGGCCCAUUUAAUGAUAUAUUUACGUUGUUUGUCAGCUAGCUAGUUUGCUAAGUUAGCUUAGAACUAGGCUAGUCGCUAAUGCUAGCAAGCUAACACCCCAGAAAUGAGUACACUAAGCUACUCUCCUCCUGUUAAAGUAGAGGAAGUCUCAGUGAAAGAAGUAGAGGGUGAGGUUGUUACAGUGAAAGAAGAAGAGAAAGAUGUUUCAGUGAAAGAAGAGGAGGAUGCAGUUUUGAGUGAAAAAGGAGGAAGAAGGAGGAAACUGGAUAUCUGGGCCCGGUUUCCAAAAGGCAUCCAAUGGCAUCCAAUGGUUCUAAUGAUGAAAGGACCCUGAUUAACACUAAAGAGGGGGUCUGCUGGACGGAGAAGGAAACUCUCGUGAAAGAGGAGGAGGAAGAGGAGGCUGUUACAAUACAAAAACAAGUAGAGGGUGAGGCUGUUGCCGUGAAAGAAGAGAAAGACGUUUCAAUGAAAGAAGAGGAAGACUCCUUCAGAGUGAAAGAGGAGGAGGAGGAGGAGGAUGUUACUGUGAAAGAAGAGGAAGAAGAUGCAGUUUUUGGAGUGGAGGAUGAAGAGGGGGAGAUUACUGUCACAUUAGAGGAGGAUGAAGAAGAGAAGACUGGAGAACUGAUUAACACCAGUAAAUACAGAGAGAGAUUGGACAAUCGUGGAUCCUCUGGGGAGCCUCAACAACAUCAUGACGCUGACGAGGCAAAGACAAGUCUCUCCGGAUCAGAACUCCCCAAGAAACACCAGCGGAGACGCACAAGGAAGAAAUCUAUCUGCUGCUCUGACUGUGGGAAAAGAUUGAACUCUUCAUCGGACCUUAAAAUACAUCAAAGAAUUCACACAGGAGAGAAACCUUACGGCUGUGAACAAUGUGGGAAGAGUUUUACUCAGCGAUGCAACCUGAUAGUACACCAGCGGGGACAUACAGGAGAGAAACCUUUUAGCUGUGCUCAAUGUGGGAAGAGUUUUACUACAUCUAGUUAUCUAACUAUACACCAGAGAAUACACACAGGAGAGAAACCUUACGGCUGUGAACAAUGUGGGAAGAGUUUUACUCAGCAAAGCAGCCUAAUAGUACACCAGCGGACACACACAGGAGAGAAACCUUGUGGCUGUGAUCAAUGUGGGAAGAGAUACUCUGUUAAAAGAUCUCUGAUUAAACAUCAGAAAAUACAUGGAGUUGUUUCAUGAUAUUAAUAAAAUGUAGAAUGUUUUUAAAAUGAAUGUCAGAAUGUAAACAUUUGCCCCCCUGUUCAGGUGAUAUUAGCCUCAGGGGAAAAAUCCAGGUUCUGAAUUGAAAGAGUUACUAUUUAUGAGAUUUAACUAAAAGUGACAAACAAAAAUAGAGCUGUGUUACACUUACCACGUUGGUGACCCACUUGAAUCAAAAUACAACACUUCAAAAUGUUUAGGUUUUCAAUAUAUCCCAAACUGUUUCGACAUAUUGGUGAUUUGGACACGUUAAAACUGUGUUUUGACAUUGCGCUAUUCCCAUUCAGCAAAAUGUAAUUGAACAGAUGUCUUCUCAGGUCGUUUUUUUCAAUGACUUGAAAACAACUUAAUUUCAAUGUACUUGCAGCCUAUACACAUCGGCAAUUGGUCUAUAAUCAAUUUUAUUAACAAUCCUACAUCACUCCAGUAUUUCUUGACAAAAUUGAAGUGCUAAUUGCCUUUAUUACACUACUGAAGAAGCAUGACACAAAUCACCUCAUAUUUCAAACAUUCAGCCUGACAAAAGAUACAUGUUUUAUUAUUCCAUGCCUCAAGAUUAAGUGAUUAAUUGACAAUACAUAUUAACAAAAGGGUGUAUAUUUGGUUUUGAUAUCUCAUAUUUACAUUUCAUGUAACAUUUAGUAAUAAUUAUUUAUGCAACCAACUGACCAUUUUUGGGUACAAUUAUAUUGACAUUGUUGCCCAGCUUUCAGAAUAUCAGGGUUAAUUCUCAGAUGUGCCAACCCAAAUGUACUAGAGGAUAACAUUGGGAACUGGGCCCCGAUCCAACAACAUGCCUAUCUAGUGAACUCUGAAAAGAGAGAGAAGCUCUGCAGUGAGGUGGAAAGUAACUAAGGAUAUUGCAGGACUUGUCCGUGGUAAGGACAACUUGGUUGCUGAUUGUCUCAAAGGUGGGCAGUAAGAAAGAUUUGUGUUUUGCUUCCAGCCAAUGUGUUACCAUGGAUCACAAUUUAUUUUGACUGCCCGUUAUUCCAUAUUGGAGAUGAGUUUUGUUUGGGCUCGUUCCAAGGGGACUAGAGUUCUAGAAGCUCUGAGUUUUUCCCCAAAAUGUAUUAUUUAGAAAUGUGUUUUUCUUGUUGACAGUGAACACCAUGUUUAUAUUGGUGAAGGUGAAGCUUUGUAGUUGAUUUAUAAUGUGAAAUGGCAGUAGUUAAAUGUUGGUGGUGAGCAAACGUGUCCAACAAAAAUAUAGGAUAUAUUGGUUUUCUUCAGUGGAAAGGUGUCACAGGCUUUAAUUUUUCCAUUUAUGUUUUGAGGUUGGACGUUAGCAUGUAGGAAAGGGGGAAACAUCGUCAGUUGUACAACUAAAAUGUGUCUUUGGUGCACGUCUAGCUUGUUAGCACGCACUGAUUGGUGUCACCUUGUUAGUCAGUAUGUCUUACACCUGUGCUGGCUUGUCCAUCUCGUUAGUGGGAAGGUGUUUCACCUGAGCUGGUCCAGGUUCUAUUUAAGAGCGUCUGGCCCAGUGCUCCAGUAGUCUUAAUAGAUGUACUUUUGGUUGCUCCACUUUUUUGGUUUGCUUCCUGUCUUUAAGUUUGGUGUUGGUUUUUCUUUUGUUUGCCUUUUCUUGGCCAGAUUUAGUGGGUCUCAUGGUGGGUGUCUUUUAGGUCCCAGUUGUUGUUACUAGUCAACUUUCAGUGGACACCCCCAUAGUGUCUUUCAGAGCCCCUCCUAAAAAACAAGCCUAUAAUUUGGAUUGGAUUUAGCAUCCAAUUGAUAUUUUAAUCAAUGGCAUUUCCUUAGGGUGCUCAUUAGUCUUUCAGUUAGUCUUCUGUUUGUGUACUAAAUAUUUCUGUUUAUUUUAAUUGGAUUUUCCUGUGAAGUCAUUUUGUUGCAUUCAUGUCUGAAAUGUACUGUACAAAUAAAGCUUGAUUUCAACAAAUGAACACAA